ACAAGCGCCUGAAGGGAGGAGCGGGAGGAACGUUGAGGAGCGUUCUUUUUCUACGUGGAGCAUACGGGAACGGUGUUCCACCUCGGGAUUUUAUUCUAUUUCUUAUAAUAAUGGGUUUCGUAAAAGUUGUCAAAAAUAAACAGUACUUCAAACGUUAUCAAGUUAAGUUCAAGAGGAGGCGCGAAGGAAAGACUGAUUAUUAUGCACGCAAAAGAUUAACCAUCCAAGAUAAAAAUAAAUAUAACACUCCUAAAUAUAGGUUGAUCGUACGAUUAUCGAACAAGGAUAUUACUUGUCAGAUUGCAUAUUCAAGAAUCGAAGGAGACAGAAUUGUGUGUGCUGCGUACAGCCAUGAACUUCCAAAAUAUGGUGUUAAAGUAGGCCUUACAAAUUAUGCUUCUGCAUACUGCACAGGCUUACUUCUGGCUAGAAGAUUACUGAAAAAGUUAGGACUGGAUACCCUGUACGCUGGAACAACAGAAGUGACCGGUGAUGAAUACAACGUUGAAGAACUGGAUGAUGGUCCUGGAGCAUUUAGGUGUUACCUGGACACCGGACUCAUGCGUACGACCACUGGUGCUAGGGUGUUCGGUGCGAUGAAAGGUGCCGUUGACGGCGGCCUCAAUAUUCCUCAUAGCACCAAGAGGUUCCCAGGAUACGACAGCGAGUCUAAGGCUUUCAAUGCCGACGUCCAUCGGCAACACAUCUUUGGCCAGCACGUGGCCAAUUAUAUGAGGACGUUAGAAGAGGAAGAUGACGAAGCCUUCAAACGACAAUUCUCGCAAUAUAUCAAAAAUGGUAUCACAGCUGAUAAUAUCGAGGGUAUCUAUAAGAGCGCUCACGAAGCUAUACGCGCGAAUCCAGAACACGUGAAGGUCGCGAAGGAUAAGGUGAUCGUGAAAAAGCGAUGGAACCGAGCGAAACUUUCUUUGUCCGAGAGAAAGAAUCGUGUCAACCAAAAGAAAGCUUCUUUCCUCAAGACACUGGAAGAGGUGGAAGCUUAAUUUCGUUUUGUAUCAAGGUUCAGGUACAGCACAUGUUCAGUGUAUAUACAUCGUGUAUACAGUGUUCACCUGCGUGUAGACAAAGUUUUGGUACAAAAAUAAAGACCUGCGAUGAAAAUUUCAAA